AUGAAGGAACCAAGUAAUGGAAAAAGUCUGGCAUCCAAGGUACUGAUGGCCAAAGCGCUUGACCUCACACCGCAGGGAUUGGAACUGCAACCGAAGGUGAAAGUGAACCGUGAAAACUCGCUUUUUCUAAUUUCGUAUACCGAUGCCAACGUUUCAAGACUACCGAUCAUUCUGCCGUCAUUUCAGAAAUUCAAUGUGUCACUGUAUAUUGACAUACCAACAAUAGACUACUACAAUGACCAGCUAACACACAAUCGGUUUUCCAAGAUCAACAAGAAAUUCAAAAUCCAUAAAUUGAGAGAACGAAUUUUCGCCAGUAUCACGGAUUUUGACGAUUCUGUAUGGGACUCAUUGCUGCAAAGAUCUUCGUCAAAUUGGCCAGUGAGCUUUACGCUUUCUGUCUCGUCCAGCGGAGCUCUGCGCUACGUGGAGACCAUCAAAUUUCUGGUGGAAUCGUGCUGGCAUCGCAUUCAGACACAUAAGCAAAAAUCUCGGUCUAUUCAUGCAGUGUUCAAACUUCAAGUCUCUCCAACGUCGCUUAUCUGGUUCAAGACCUUUCUCAACAAGGAUCUGCUGGCAGGUGCCACUGUUGAGUUUCAGGUCAUCGGCAACUACAACAUGAUCACGUCGUCCACUACACCUUUCAAGGAAUACUAUACAAAACUUACCGAGAAAUUUAGUCCGCAGAAACAUUCAGCACCUGCCAAAUCCGGAACGACGGAAAGCGGGAAAACGCUGGACUCUAUAAUCGUGGUGACCAAUAGCACCGGGGUAAAGGCUCUGUUGACCAUUUUAUCGGAUAAGCCUUUGACCAGCUAUCUCUCGAACGAUUCUUUGAAAACACUGCAUAAUAACGCUUUGCAGGAAAAACCAUCGAAACCGCAAGAGGCAGAGCCCACUGACAGUGAAGACGAGGAAACGCCUUUGAAACGAGACUCGUCCUCAAUUCUGAACUUCCAAAAUUCUUUACUGACCUCAAACAAAGACAAGGCUGUGAAAAUCAGAACCACACCAUAUAAUUUGCCCAAGACCCGCUCUUCCAGGGCUCGCUCUGCCAAUGUCUUUGAGCUAGGUAGAGAUAGCAUGAGUCCAGAAAAAAGCGGGGAAGAACUGGUGCCAUUCGAGCCUGAAGAUGAAUCUGACGAUGAAGAUGACGACGAUGAAGAUGACGACGAGGAGGAUGAAGAGGAUGAUGACGGGUUGAGCUUUUCUGUGCCUAACAGGCUAUCGCGUUGCGGCUCGGAGGCAGAUUUCGCCACUGCGCAAUCCCCGGAAGCCGAGUCCACGGCUCGCAGGUUUAGAUCUUUAAGUCUGAUGGAUCCAGCUUUACAAGCACCCUUCACACAAACGGAACCAUCUCAGCAAGAGAUUACUGGCCAACAAGGAACAAGAAGUUGUAACCCUCCAACCAUGGAGAUUGCUGAGGACGAAAUGAGCUCACCUAUCGCUAAUCGGCUGAAUCAAGGGUGCUCUAAUAUAUACGUUCACGACGGCCAUUUUGGAGAGGAGCCUGUUUCCACUAUUCCAAAGCGGGGCCGACGUAUACCCCGGCCCAAAUCUGCAACUAACGUGAGUGUUGGUCUUAUUCCGCCCGAAUUUUUUUCAAGGAUUUCGUCUCCGUCUUCUAGCAACAGCAGCUCUAACACGUCUUUGAGUAAUCUCAAUAUUUUGCCUGGCACAUUUUCGAAACUUUUGAGUACGCCCGGCGAUACUAGUGGUGGUGAGGAAGAAGGACCCGUCUUGGGUAAAGGUGGCCUUUUAGAGUCUGUGUCUCAGCGCACAAACAAACCGACACCCCAGCAUUUUACUGUUAGUCCCUUGGCGCCGCACGACAUGAAUCGAUUCGCACUAAAUUUCAGAGCGAAUAAGCACAUACCAGUCAACGCAAAGGCUUUGGACGACGAGGAUCGCAUGAUGUUUGGCACUGCACAGACAAACGAACAAACCUCGGAUGAAGAUUCCAAAUCAAACCCGGAUUCCAUAUCGACCAUUGUGGAUCCAAAUGGCGGUGGCAGUGUUGCUGCCUCAGAAUCGCCUUCGCUCAAACCGCUUAAUUUACAGAUCUAUGCUGACGAAGAGUCCACAUCACGUCCGCAGUCGCAUUCCAGCUCAGUGAAGCCACUGACACCUGCCAAAACGACAUACAAGAAACCGAAAUUCACGCUCGAUCUUUACAACGAUGAUGAGAUGCAAUCUAACGGAGGCUGGCUUCUAGGUGGUUUUGCAAGGUGA